AUGAACGGGAAGACAAAACCAGAUGAAAGAAGGGCGCUUUUGUCGAAAAUAAUAACAAGUAGUGGGUCGUCUUUGGUAUUCUGUCAGGAACUUCCAGAUUGUUUCAGAAAAGAGGUGGUCAGAAAAUGUGGUACUUGUGUCUAUGAAAUUGUCCGCACGGGGAAAGAAGCGGCUGUUAUGUGGAGUGAAGCACAUUUUUAUGGCGAGCCUGUGGAUGUCGCAUUUAAAACAAGAAUCCUUGACACAGUGGUUGCAUCAAAGAACUUAUUUAGCCACGUGAGUGAGAUACCAGCGCGAACUGCAGUUGUUAAGUUAACAAGUAAAAGUGAAGCUUGUAGUUUUUUAGCAGUCUCGUGGCACGGGCCUUCAAAAAUGAGACUGGAGAAGAAACGUGAAGUUUUGAAAGCUCUCAUUCUCUUUUUGCAAGAGAUAUGUCGUGAGAAGAAUGUAUCCUCAGUUAUUAUAGGAGGAGACUUCAACUUAAACACUUUAGAAGAGAAUGGCUUAGAAGAACCGAACGUGUACUUUCCAUUGUAUGAGUUGAGCCCUCGAGGUAAACUCGCGAAUGAACGUAAGGGACAAGGACGUCCCUACAUCGCCCACAAGGAUAAUUUUGCCAUUACAACCAUUUCGCCUUCUGUGGGUCGCCCUUUUGUAGACAUGAAGUUGUCGAGAGUGGAGUCCUUUACAGAGUUUGAUCAUGAGUAUGUGAAACAGGAGGGAAGUGAGAAGGGGAAAGAUGUAUUGGACCACGACCCCAUCAUAGGUGCUCUUGGGCUCGGAAAAACUCCUUCAACUGGUAAGUUUUGGCAAGGUAAUUCAAACGAUUUUUAAGUUUUCAACAGUUGCAAAGUUAAACUUUGAAUUUUAUAGGUCCGUUUACAAAAAAACUUGAGAAUCCUUUGUUUUCAAAAAACGUUGUGAUUUCAUAAUCUUCUUCCAAGUGCCCCGGUUCUUGUAGUCGCACUGUAAUGGUCUCCAUAGCAAGACUCUGUCGAAGCGAGGUGCAAUAAGGAAUUUCCUUGGAAAUACUUGCAUUGGAGGGGUAAUGUACGCAACCCGAAAGGAUCUCCGACCCCAAAUGAUCCCCCACCCCAAAGGAUCCCCAAAAUCGACCUAAACACGACGGCAAAUGAUCCCCAAAUUUUUUCACACGCGACCCGAAAUGAUCCCCGAGGAAUUAUCGGAAUGGAAUGGGAUGACGUUUAAUUCCCGAAGAUGCUAGAAUUACUAGAAUAUAAAAGUAAAUCAAAGAAUUUUGACUCGAAUUGUUUGAAGUGUUGAUUGAUUUAUAUAUUUUGGACAAUUUAUUAAAUAAUUAUAACUCCUUUUUAACGAAUUUUGCAAGAAACUUUAAAAAAAAGUUUAAAUUGGAGGUUUAAUCGUGCAAAUAGCAUCUCUUUAGACUGGGUUUAAACGUCAAAUUUCACAUGUGCCGAGUCUGAUACCUAUUUGGUUCUACUUAAAUAAGUAAGUCAACCAGUUUAGACGUCGAAUCAUGAGCGAGUUUUUAUAGAGUUGGAAAAAAAAUUGAGAAUUGUGGAUUAUAAUAAAUUAAACAUGAUUUAAAAAUUCGAUUCGGCACAAAAGACAACGGUUGAACUUCUGUCGAGAUUUGAUUGGCUCAGUCGAAGAUGCGACAGAAGUCGCGUUGUCGAGUUUAAUUUUAGUUAAACGCCGAACUUACUACGCAUUUAAUACCUGAAUUAAAUUUGGCACAGGUGAAAUGCGAUGUUUAUACCGGGCCUUACUGUAACAAGUAACAGUCUUCGCUUCUUGUCGGUACUCAUUAACAUACGUUUUAUUCAAUUAUAGAAUUUCUGAACUGUCAGGGCACCCAACGGCAAUUUUCGGAAAAAUAUCUGUUCGGAAGACGAUUUGAGAUCUAGAAUUUUCGAACAUUUGUUGUAAAACUUCUUGCUUGCCUGCCUCUCCUAGGAUUUUCGAACAUCUAAAAAAUGGUAUAAUUGUCUAUUUUUAACGGAUUUUUACCCUAAAAAGGUCACCUAGAAUUUUCGGGAACCUAUUUUCUGGCUGAAAUUUUCGAAAAGGUAAGUUUUGAUCCCUAUAAUUUUCGGAUCACUAGACUUUCAGCCAGGAAAUCAGAACAGAUGAAAAAUUUUUAGGGGAUAAAAAUAUGCCUUUAUCUACCGUUUAAAUACUAAAAUACGUUUAAAAAAUGCUAUGUUUAAGUGGUUUUGAACUAUAUUCCCGUUGGGUGCCCCUGAACUGUAACAAUAUGUAAUAUGAAACUUUCUGCCUCUGUAAGGGAAAAAUUAAAAGUGAACAUAAACAACCGUGAAAUUAAUGAUAAACAAGAACAACUGAAUACAACAGCAAGGCGAUAGAAAACCUUAACCUGUCGGUUAACAUGCAGGAACUUUAUAACCUGAACUUUAUAAAAUAAUUCAGUAGAAAGAACAAAACUGUAAUAACAAUAACAAUUGGUGGUAGUUAGAGCCAAGUGUGUAGCUUUCAAUAUGUCAUUGAUUAUAAAUCUAGAUGUAUGUUGUAUACGGUAAAUGCUUUCGCCAGUUGCACAGUGCUCGUUUGAGUUUCAGCCUUUUAUUAUGAAAAUUUACUCAUUGUGUAUUCCCGCUCGCGAACGUGAGGAAGUGGAAAAAAAAGUACAAAAAAUAAAAGCAUUGCUUAUUCUAUCUUUUAUGGCUUUCUAUGCACAUGUUUGACGUCCCUGCUAUUUCUACAUGGAAGCUACACCCGACUGUCAAUAACUACUUUUAGCACCUAUACCACUCUUCAUCUUUAGCGCAUUCAUCACACAUAUCACAGUCCUCGUCGUAGCACUGCAUGAGGCCGCUUUCACUCGCAUAAACUCCUGCCGAUAGGCACUUAGGGCAAGUUUCUUCUGUUGUUUUUCCUUCCCCAUUAGCUUUCAUGUACUGGAAAAUAUUCUCUUCCUCAUUGAACGAUGGAUUAUCCACAUAGUCUAAGCUGUGAUAAUGAGCCUCUGAUUCGUGCCCAAGAAGCGCCACUCUCUUAAGAUUUUGCCCGUCUUUGUUAGAUGCAUCAGCUGGACUAAUAAUUCUUAACCCAUUCUCUCCCAAACUGGAAGCAUUUUGGCACUACAGUUCCGUCUGUCUGUUAUAACGGCCUCCACAUUAUUACGGAAAAAGUAAAUUCCAGGCAAUUAAUAUAACUGAAAAUAACUUUGUGCAAUCGAUUAGCCAUUUUGAAAAGAUUUCGCGUGUAUAGCCGAAAAACUUCGAAUUUCGCAUUAACCGAAAAACGGAAUUAAAACGCUUUAAUCUUAUCCCUGAGAUAGAAAUGUUUUCCCAUUCCACUCCUAUAAUUCCUCGGGGAUCAUUUCAGGUCGCGUGUGAAAAAAUUUGGGGAUCAUUUGGGGUCGUAUUUAGGUCGAUUUUGGAGAUCAUUUGGGGUCGGGGAUCAUUUCGGGUCGCGUACAGAUCGGCAAAAAUUGUUGACAUGCACACUGUAGCAGAGCAGCCAGACACAUAAAAAUAUCUUGUCUAGGUAUUUAUCACUUAACAGUUCGUGACCACGAUGAAAUUAUUUCCACAGGCAAAUAAAGAAAUCUUAAACAUAUAAACAAGGAAUUUCUAAAAAACUCAGGCCUCGUUUAUCGUCUGCUUGCACUCUGGAAAUUUACUCGAAGGACUUUCCCCUUUUUUCCCUGCUAGCAGAGGUCUCUCACGACGAGGCAAAAAUGAGAGAAAGGGGAGGUCUCUCCCCUUUCUCUCAUUUUUGCCUCUUCGUGAGAGACCUCUGCUAGCAGGGAAUCCCCUUUUAUACAGUUGACUUCCGAUAGCUCGCAAACUCGAACGUCACGAAAACUCGAACCAAAAUCGAUUUCCCCGGGAUUUCCGUCAUACAUUUACUGUAGUAAUUUUACUCUCGGUAACUCGAACCUCCCGCUCACUCGAAGAAAUUUUUGUUUUCCCUCAGAUAAUUUCUAUAUAAUUUUACCGUCUAUAACUCGAACCAUCUUUUGAACCCUUUCAAAAGAAGUACUCAUGACGUCCGAAAAAUUGAAUUCUGAAUUUCCCAUUGAUGUGUUGUAGGAGCAUAGUUUAUUAGUGGAGGCUGGUGUUGUUUGUCACAAAUCUAGCGUGAAAUAGCUUUACUUCUCAAAACAGUAAAACGCAUGCUCCAUUUAGGAAAUGUUUUGUUACGUUGCGUUCUGAUUUAUAUUCUAGAAAUACUUUUCAUUUUCACUUAACAUUUUUACAAUUAAAUGCGAUUAAAAUGUUCACUGUGCAGUACCCCCGGCUACUCUUUGCGCUAACGAUAACUCGAACUCCCCAUAACUCGAACUUUUCAGUUUCGACUUCCCUUGAAGGUUCGAGUUAUCGGGAGUCGACUGUACAUCACAAGUACACUGAAGUGACAUAUAGACUUAUUAAAAACUUGAAGCUCAAAAGUGGUUAUUAUUAGAGUUGUUUACAAUGCUUUUAACUUUUUUCUCUUUUUUCAGACCUACGAACACUGACAAAAAGUGGCAAACCAGACAUGCGUUUCAGAGAAGCUUAUGCGCAGGCAUAUUUCCAGAAGAGCACGGAAGACUCUCACAGUAAAAGCGAGCGAUCUGUUGCUCUCUGUUCAGACGUAUCCGCAUUUUCUUGGGGGAAAGAUGCAAGAAAACCUGCAUCACCUGCACAGACUAGGCUAAACCGACUACGUAACAAACCAUUUUGUAAGAAUAAUGUAAAGUUGCUCUCUCCCAAACAAGUUCAUCGUGUCAUCAUGUGUCAACCUUACUGUAAAAUGUGAAUGGAAAACAGGGGCGAAUCCAGGAUUUUUUUAGGAGGGGGUGCACUUCGUCUCUUGCUCUACUUCAACACCAAUAAACCGCAUAGUUUUUUUUUUGCAGAAUACCAGUUGUAUUAGAAAACCUGCACCCUCCCCCUAGAUCCGCCCCACGAAAAGACGUUAAUUUUUGUCUCUACUCGAUGAUACGGAUUAGGGCUGCAGAUAACACAGUACAUCGCGUAGAAUUCUUUUUGAUCGUGUAAUGAAAGUUAAGUUUUUGUGACUUUUGAAGAGUUGGCACGGUUCCAUUGAUAAGAGAUAUCCCUUUUUUCCAUGAUAUCUUAUAUUGCUUGAUUUUACUUUCAUUCAGCGUGUUAGUCAUCUUCAUGAGACUAUGGCCACACUUUACAAUUGUAAAAGUUUUAUCAAGGUGGCCCCUGGUUUCACAAGGGUGUAAAACGUCACUAUUUUAGGUUAAACUGGUUGAAUCAUUGUGUGGAAAGUUUUACAUGCAAGGGAAAGUUUCAGCUUACUAAAAUCAGUGUGUCUCGGUUGUGUGGAAGACUAUGCGCUGAGAACCUAACCCCUCGGCCCUUGCAAGUGCGGACCAACUCUCGUAAGCGACAAUUUGGAUUGGUCUUUUAUCAUGGGAGGUUCAAGUGACUUGUAUUUCAGAUAUCAUGCUUUUGAAACGACUUGUUUGCUGGAAGUGACUUUGAACUCCUUAGUUAAACGCGUCAUUGUAAAACAUGUAGCUGACGGAAACAUAUUGAUGUUUUGUAUUUAAGAUUAUAUGAGUGUACUAAACAAGUUUCUUGGACCAUCCAAAGGGGAAAAUAAAUCAUUGGAGGAACACAAGCGUCAGCUGGAUGAAAAUAUAAAACGUUCUGGUCUUAAAAUGAGAGGUGAAAUCCCAGGGGACGGUAACUACUUGUUCCACGCUGUCGCUGAUCAACUCACACGGCUAGGAGAUACAGGGCAUGACCAUUCCAGUUUACGAAAACUUGCUGUUGAAACAUUGAGAAAUGAGGUAAGUUGAAUUGAUAGUACAGUCAAACCUCUCCAGAACGACCACCUCAGGGGGAGAAGAAAAUGGCCGUUGUGGAGAGGUGGCCGUUAUGGAGAGGUAGGGGUGUAAUAUGACAAUUUUUUGAGGCAGUACAACAUGUUUAUUCAACCUCGUUCCCCGUCGGGCGGGUAGGAGAGAACCCUGGGAACGAGGUUGCAUGUUUAUUUCGCUACAUUUAUGCUUAUUGUGUCCCAUUACUAUAAUCCAAUUACAUAUGUAAUAUAUAGAGAGAUAAAAUACACGAAAAAAACUUGAACAAUGUUUUGAAUCAAAAUGUUAACGAGACAAAACGAGCAAGGUUCACAACAUUCGCUAUUUAUAUAAGUAUCGUAGACCAUUAUGCUUACUGCAGCAGUAUAAAUGGAACACAAUCAAAAUACGAAUGCCACGAUGAAUCAUCAACGGGCCAUCGAAUCAAAUUUCAUGACCAUUCUUGACUUUUUCAUCAGUCAUCAGUCGCUGAAAAAAACUAGCCGUUGUCGAGAGGCUGUGGCAGUUGGGGACACGCUUUAGUGGCUAGCUGUUGCCGUUGUAGAGAGGUGACCAUUGUAGAGAGGUUUAAACAAGAGCCAAUGUAUGGACUGUCGGACAAAAAAAGUGCCGUUGUAGAGAGGUGGCCGUUAGUGGAGGUUCGACUGUAAUUAAGUCAGAUUUUCUCGUAUGGUUAACCUUGUUGAACAAGUGAUGAUAUUUUUAGGUAUCAGCAACUAGUAUCAGAUCCAAAGUUCGGUUGUUGUAAAAAACUAAAGCGUUGUAAAGAUAUACGACCACAUAUCUUGUUGGAAAGGCUCUAGGUUUUGAUGUAUGAUGAUUUGAGUUAAUUUGAAACCUUUGGGAUUAGCCUCUUUGUCCACCUUAAGGAAGGCUGACUGAGCUGUUUAUCGACCAUUGAGCGUCAUUCGAUUCCGUGUCUUUCCAAGCAAGGAGAGGGAAAGAAAUUUCUGUUUUUACUAACCAAACUAACUGACUGUUCGCAUUUCAGUUCAAGUGUCUCGCAGCAAACGUUGACGUAUAUCGAAAAAGAAUGGGGAAGGACAAAGAAUGGGGAGACUUUAUUGUUAUUGAGGCGCUGGCCCGUGCACUGCAGAAAAGAAUUAGAGUGGUAACUAGUUCUAACUCUGAUCAAUACGAAAGUCCGUUUGGGCAGGAAGGACAACCAGAACUCCUUCUAGGCCUAAUCAGUCAAGUUCACUUUGUCAGCUUAGACCCAAAAGACGUGCAAGGUAUGUUUAAAAGAGUGGGGUUGAAAUUAACAGAAUAAUGUAUAUUUAUAAUCAUUGUUGGCUUACAUUCAGACUGCGAGUGUAAAUCAAGAAAAAAAAAAAAUUUUCAAAAGUUUGUAAGACUUCAGAAGAAUGACGGUUUACUUGUAGCUUGUGCCAGGGGUGUAGGCGGGAUGGUGAUUCUGGGGUGCCCGAAGCAUCCCUUUCGCUAUUUUUUUUUUCAAAAAAGUUAGAAAACUGAUAAACUAUUACUCAUGCAAAAAUUUCAAACUUCACUGCGUUUUAAUGACGACGUCUUGGCAGUCACUUUUCUAUUUUUUUUUUUCAAAAACCAUCGCUUAAAAGUUCACUUUGUUGGGAAUUUCUUUAUAUCAACGUUUUUACGUCCGCUGUUCUUGAAUGGUUUAAAAUCUGGCUAAUAUAGUCAACAUAUUUAGUCUUUCUUGCCGUGUACCUCGUUUAAAAGAUGCAGUUAGUAAGUCACAGCCUGGAUGUCAACGUGACAAUCUGUAUCUUGGGUGUGAAAGAGUUUGACCGUCUCAGUUUGAAAAACUUCUACCCCAACUUUUCUGGAAUUUGGCUGGUUUGUAAAGGGUAUAAUUUUUCGUCUCUCUUUCUUCGGUUUUUGGCAACAAACAUUAGCCUUUCUCAAUGUAACUCUUUUACGAAAUUGUAGAAGUGUCUGUUGUGGCUGUAAACAAAGAACAAGAGGUACGUUUGGCUCGAUCCUUAGCGGACCCGCUGUCACUGACCUCAACUGGUGAGUCUGUGAUCUGUUAGAAAAUCGUUUAAGUCGCAAGAUAAUAGAAGAGGCUAGGAGAAGAAGGUCUACAAGUAGCCUGUGUACAGACGUCCCCCCUCCCUCAGAAAAAAAUCGGGGCGACGUCUGUACACAGGCUAGUCUGCAAGUUGAGUAGUCUCUGCGUAAUCAGCCGUUCUUACGAGUUAUGCAAAUAUCCACUGCGUUUGAGACUAACAAUACUUAUAUAACUGACAGCUGUUAUUCAGAUAGAUAGAUAGAUAGAUAGUUUUGAUAAAUACUCGCUUUGCAGCCUCCCAAGGCUGAAUUGCAUGAAUAUACAAAGAUAGUAUAAUAACUAGUAAUAACAAUUAUAAAUAUAAAUAUGAUAAUAUAAUAACCACAACUCAUAACUCAUAUGUAAAUAUUUGCAGUAUAUACAAUAAAAUUACAGAUGGCCGCCGUAAAAACUUUCAAUAAAGCUACCUGCAAGAGUUUUACUGCUUAGACAUACAUUAGAUAAAAGUAUUCAGUGUUCUCCUUAUCAGGUGGUAACCGGUAAAAUUUACCUCCUGAAGAAACACUUCUUAUUGCCUGGAACCGCUUGAAGGUUUACUUAAGUUAAAUAAGUAGUUUUAAAAAAUACGUAAGUUGUGAUCUGAGCCGAUCCGAUCAACGAAAUGAAUGUAUAUAUAGUGGAAAAGUUCUAAAGUCACACGGCUUUUCUUUCUAUGGGCCACGCAUUUUGGAAAUAGAACACUGGAGACAGAGUAAAAUUAUUGGGAUCAAACGUUUUAAAUUGUUGUCUAAAGAUAACAACGGCCGAUUUGUGUAAAAUAGGUCUUACAAUGAAUUACGUUGCAAAAAAACUUGGCUCCUCCUAGGGUGGAGCCAUGUGCCAUGUCCCUCACUCCACUACACCCACUUCCCACUUCCCCCCCUCUCAGGGUGCUUUUGAGCUAGAGAACGUUUCAAAAAGGGACUUCAACUGACCAUGAAGAAAACAAGUCUACACGUAAAAGAGGAAGUUUUGGGUUUAAAGCUGUAAAGCUGUUUUUUUUUUCGUUUUUUACGUAGUACUGAAACCAGUGGGGAUGACUCCGUUGAAAGCCCUUUAACAGCCUUAUGAAUGAAAUCAAUACUGUGAAGAAGCAAAAAUCUAUCCACGCUGAUCAGGACAUUGAGUCAAUUCACUCCACAGAUAUUAGUAUUUAAAAUCUGCACUGAUAUAAAUUGAACUGAGAGUAGGAAUUGCAAGUAUGCUUUGGAAGAUGUGAGUAAAUAGCCCUUGUUUAUGUUAACGUUAGCUAAGUUAAAGAGGGGCUAUUUAAGCACUUAUUUACAUUAAGCACUUAUUUAAAUUCUCGGCAGUUUUUUGGUGUUGAGGACGAGUGCGAUCACCCAAUGACGUAAAAAGAAAGGUUGAAAAGAACCUGGACAAUAGCUACAUUACAGCUUAAUAGGUAACCAACAAUAGUUUCUGCAGCAGGAGAAACACACAAUGCUCUUUCUACUCUACAGAUUUCAAUUUUACUAAAGUCAGCCUUUCUCAAUGUAACUCUUUUAAGAAAUUGUAGCGGAAGUGUCUGAAGUGGCAGUGAACAAGGAACAACAAGAGGUGGAUUGUUUGUGUGCUCGAUGCUUAGCGGACCAGCUGUCAAGGACCUCAACUGGUGAGUAACAACUUGUAAGCUGUAAAAAAAAUACUCGUUUAAGUCACAAGAUAAUAGAAGAGGCUAGUAGAAGAAGGUCUGCAAGCUGGGUAGUCUUUGCGUUAUGAGCCGUUCUUACCAGUUAUGCAAAUUUCCACUGCGUGGGAGACUAACAAUUAUUAGUGACAGCUGCUAUUCAUGUAGAUAGAUAGAUAGUUUUAAUAAUUACUCACUUCCAAGGCUGAAUCGCAUGAACAUACAAAGAUAGUAUAACAACUAUUAUUAUUCAUUCAAAAUAUUUUCCCGAUUCUGAUUGGCUAAAAGCACACGUUUAAUUUACCAUAACCAGUUACUGAUGACCAAAUUUGGAAGAAUUUUGUGUUUAACGAGGAAAUGACGUCAAAAAUGCAGCGUUCGUGCAUGUUAAGGCAGCGUUAACCGAGAAGAUCUGGGGACGAGGUUGAGUUGUUUUGGUUAUGGAAACAAAAAUGGGGUUCAUUUCACUCGUUUCAAGAGUAAGAACUAGGGGAAAAAAUAGCUAAAAACAUGGCAAGAACAGCAAGAAGACAACUCGAAGGGCGACAUCUGCUAUUUGGAGAAUAUUUGCGGAGCUGGACAAACCUAAACGUGCACUAUCGAAGAUGAACUUAACAUUGAUGGAUCGAUGGAGGUAAGCAUGUUUUAGCCAUGUUUUUAAACUAGGAAUUAUUUUGAAUGAAUAAUAAAACAAUUAUUGAAUUCGGCUUUCGUAUCAUAUGAAGAAUUAUGGAGAUCGAGGAGGGUGUUAUCCGUCGAGGCCGUAGGCCGAGGCGGAUAACACCCUCCUCGAUCUCCAUAAUUCUUCAUAAGAUACUCAGCCUCAUUCAUUAAAUGUUAAGCAAUAACAAUUAUAACUAUAAAUAUGAUCAUAUAAUAACCGCUAACUCAUAACUCAUAUAACAGUUAUUCACCGAAGUGAAGGUGGCUAGUGGUGUGGGUAUUUACCGAGGCCGCGUUAGCGGCGAUUUAAAUUCCCUCCACUAGCCACCGACACUGAGGUGAAUAAUUGUUUUAGUAUAUACUAAAACGGUGAGAUAAUUGAGCACAAAAAUGUUGAUUUUUAACUCAUUUACUGUUGCCAACGAUUACAAAUUUGGCGCACAAUGACCGAGCGGCCGCGCUCGUCCCCUUUUCUUGCCGACAAAUAAAACUUUUGAACGGAUUUGUUUAGCUCUUGCGGGGAAAUUUCUUCAAAUGGAGUUGUGAAUUCUUUGGGUAUUUAAAAUCAUUCUGUAAUAAAGACGAUUAAAUUUAGUUUUAAGUUUUUUUAUGAACAAGUCAACUAAAUAAAGUAAUGCAAGGCUUAAGCUUAAUUUGCAUUUGUAAACAAAAAACGUUUUCACCGGUUUUAUCGAUAAAUUCAAGUCAAAAAGACAAAGUUGAAAAAGUCAAAAAGACAAAGUGUAUUUCGGGAACAGCUUGCUUGAUUAGUUGUGAAAAUUCGGACCAACUCUCGUAAGCGACAAUUUGGAUUGGUCUUUUAUCAUGGGAGGUUCAAGUGACUUGUAUUUCAGAUAUCAUGCUUUUGAAACGACUUGUUUCCUGCAAGUGACUUGAAACUCCUUAGUUAAACGCGUCAUUGUAAAACAUGUAGCUGACGGAAACAUAUUGAUGUUUUGUAUUUAAGAUAAUCUGUCUGAACUAACCAAGUUUCUUGGACCAUCCAAAGGGGAAAAUAAAUCAUUGGAGGAACACAAGCGUCAGCUAGAUGAAAAUAUAAAACGUUAUGGUCUUAAAAUGAGAGGCGAAUUCCGAGGGGACGGUAACUACUUGUUCCACGCUGUCGCUGAUCAACUCACACGGCUAGGAGAUACAGGGCAUGACCAUUCCAGUUUACGAAAACUUGCUGUUGAAACAUUGAGAAAUGAGGUAAGUUGAUAGUACAGUCAAACCUCUCCAGAACGACCACCUCAGGGGGAGAAGAAAGUGGCCGUUGUGGAGAGGUGGGAGUUAUGGGGAGGCAGGGGUGUAAUAUGACAAUUUUGUGAGGCAGUACAACAUGUUUAUUCAACCUCGUUCCCCGUCGGGCGGGUAGGAGAGAACCCUGGGAACGAGGUUGCAUGUUUAUUUUGCUAAAUUCGUGCUUAUUGUGUCCCAUAACUAUAAUCCAAUUACAUAUGUAAUAUAUAGAGAGAUAAAAUACACGAAAAAACUUAAACAAUAUUUUGAAUCAAAAUGUUAACGAGACAAAACGAGCAAGGUUCACAACAUUCGCUAUUUAUAUAAGUAUCGUAGACCAUUAUGCUUACUGCAGCAGUAUAAAUGGAACACAAUCAAAAUACGAAUGCCACGAUGAAUCAUCAACGGGCCAUCGAAUCAAAUUUCAUGACCAUUCUUGACUUUUUCAUCAGCCAUCAGUCGCUGAAAAAAACUGGCCGUUGUCGAGAGGCUGUGGCAGUUGGGGACGGGCUUUAGUGGCCGUUGUAGAGAGGUUUAAACAAGAGACAAUGUAUGGACUGUCGGACAAAAAAAGUGCCGUUGUACAGAGGUGGCCGUUAGUGGAGGUUCGACUGUAAUUAAGUCAGAUUUUCCCGUAUGGUUAACCUUGUUGAACAAGUGAUGAUAUUUUUAGGUAUCAGCAACUAGUAUCAGAUCCAAAGUUCGGUUGUUGUAAAAAACUAAAGCGUUAUAAAGAUAUACGUCUAUAUAUAUCUUGUUGGUAUGGCUCUAGGUUUUGAUGUAUAAUGAUUUGAGUUAAUUUGAAACCUUUGGGAUUGGCCUCUUUGUCCACCUUAAGGAAGGCUGACUGAGCCAUUUAUCGACCAUUGAGCGUCAUUCGAUUCAGUGUCUUUCCAAGCAAGGAGAGGGAAAGAAAGUUCUGUUUUUACUAACCAAACUAACUGACUGUUCGCAUUUCAGUUCACGGAGAAUGAACUUCGCAAGUGUCUCACAGAAAACCUUGACGUAUAUCUAAAAAGAAUGGGGAAGGACAAAGAAUGGGGAGACUCCAUUGUUAUUGAGGCGCUGGCCCGUGCACUGCAGAAAAGAAUUAGAGUGGUAACUAGUUCUAACUCUGAUCAAUACGAACGUCCGUUUGGGCAGGAAGGACAACCAGAACUCCUUCUAGGCCUAAUCAGCCAACUUCACUUUGUCAGCUUAGACCCAAAAGACGUGCAAGGUAUGUUUAAAAGAGUGGGGUUGAAAUUAGCACAAUAAUGUAUAUUUAUAAUCAUUGUUGACGUACAUUCAGACUGCGAGUGUAAAUCAAGAAAAAAAAUCUUUUCAAAAGUUUGUAAGACUUGAGAAGAAUGACAGUUUGCUUGUAGCUUAAAGCGCUUGUAGUUAUCUAUUUUUUGCCCUGUGCCAGGGGUGUAGGGGUGAUGGUUAUUCUGGGGUGCCCGAAGCAUCCCUUUUGCUAUUUCUUUUUUCAAAAACGUUAGAAAACUGAUAAACUAUAAUUCACGCAAAAACUUGCGUUUGAAUGACGACGGCUUGGCAGUCACAUUUCCAUUUUUUUUCAAAAACCAUCGCUUAAAAGUUCACUUUGUUGAGAAUUUUUUUAUAUAAACGUUUUUACGUCCGCUGUUCUUGAAUGGUUUAAAAUCUGGCUAAUAUAGACAACAUAUUUAGUCUUUUUUGCCGUGUAACUCGUUUAAAAGAUGCAGUUAGUAAGUCAGAGCUUGGAUGUCAACGUGGCAAUCUGUAUCUUGGGUGUGAAAGAGUGUGACCGCCUCAGUUUGAAAAACUUCUACCCCACUUUUUCUGGAAUUUGGCUGGUUUGUAAAGGGUAUAAUUUUUCGUCUCUCUUUCUUCGGUUUUUGGCAACAAACAUUAGCCUUUCUCAAUGUAACUCUUUUACGAAAUUGUAGAAGUGUCUGUUGUGGCUGUAAACAAAGAACAACAAGAGGUAGAUCGUUUGGCUCGAUCCUUAGCGGACCCGCUGUCACUGACCUCAACUGGUGAGUAACAAUCUGUAAUCUGUAACAAAAUCGUUUAAGUCACAAGAUAAUAGAAGAGGCUGGGAGAAGAAGGUCUGCAAGUAGCCUGUGUACAGACGUCCCCCCUCCCUCAGAAAAAAAUCGAGGGACGUCUGUACACAGGCUAGUCUGCAAGUUGAGUAGUCUCUGCGUAAUCAGCCGUUCUUACGAGUUAUGCAAAUAUCCACUGCUUUUGAGACUAACAAUACUUAUAUGAGUGACAGCUGUUAUUCAGAUAGAUAGAUAGAUAGUUUUGAAGAAUACUCGCUUUGCAGCCUCCCAAGGCUGAAUUGCAUGAAUAUACAAAGAUAGUAUAAUAACUAGUAAUAACAAUGAUAACUAUAAAUAUGAUAAUAUAAUAACCACUAAAUCAUAACUCAUAUGUAAAUAUUUGCAGUAUAUACAAUAAAAUUAUAAAUGGCCGCCGUAAAAACUUUCAAUAAAGCUACGUGCAAGAGUUGUACUGCUUCGACAUAGAUUGUAUAAAGGUAUUCAGUGUUCGCCUUAUCAGGUGGUAACCGGUAAAAUUUACCGCCUGUACCAAAACUUCUUAUCGCCUGGAACCGCUUGAAGGUUUACUUAAGUUAAAUAAGUAGUUUUAAAAAAUACGUAAGUUGUGAUCCGAUCCGAUCAAGGAAAUGAAUAAAUAUAUAGUGGAAAAGUACUAAAGUAUACACAGCUUUUCUUUCUAUGGGCCACGCAUUUUGGAAAUAGAACAUUGGAGACAGAGUAAAAUUAUUGGGAUCAAACGUUUUAAUUUGUUGUCUAAAGAUAACAACGACCGAUUUGUAUAAAAUAGGUCUUACAAUGAAUUACGUUGCAAAAAACUUGGCUCCUCCUAGGGUGGAGCCAUGUCCGUCACUCCACUACACCCCCCCCGCCUCUCAGGGUACACUUGAGCUAGAGAACGUUUCAAAAAGGGACUUCAACUGACCAUGAAGAAAAAAAGUCUACACGUAAAAGAGGAAGUUUUGGGUUUAAAGCUGUAAAGCUGUUUUUUUUUCGUUUUUUACGUAGUACUGAAACCAAUGGGGAUGACUCCGUUGAAAGCCCUUAAACAGUCUUAUGAAAGAAAUCAAUACUGUGAAGAAGAAAAAAUCUAUCCACGCUGAUCAAGAAAUUGAGUCAGUUCACUCCACAGAUAUUAGUAUUUAAAAUCUGCACUGAUAUAAAUUGAACUGAGAGUAGGAAUUGCAAGUGUGCUUUGGAAGAUGUGAGUAAAUAGCCCUGUUUAUGUUAACGUUAGCUAAGGUAAACAAAGGCUAUUUAAGCACUUAUUUAAAUUUUCGGCAGUUUUUUGGUGUUGAGGAGUAGUGCGAUCACCAAAUAACGUAAAAAGAAAGGUUGAAAAGAACCUGAACAAUAGCCACAGCACAGCUUAAUAGGUAACCAACAAUAGUUUCUGCAGCAGGAGAAACACACAAAGCUCUUUCUACUCUACAGAUUUCAAUUUUACUAAAGUUAACACGCCUUUCGUCCCUCAUGGUAAUAAAGUCGUUGUUAUAUGUUGGCCUCCGAUGGCCCUUUGUUGCCGGGAAUUACUUAUAAUGACUGCCAUUUUAAAUUUGCCUGAUUCCUUUCUUUUUUUCAAUCUGCUUGUUUUAUUCUAUCUGCUUGUUAAUUUCAGAGUUGAGAACAGGCGCAGUCACUUCUCAGGAAGAUUUCACUGAAGGCACCACCAGAUUUCCAACUGGCAUCUCGCUGCCAACCGUAGGUAUUGAACGUCAGCUGAAGGAAGUUGUAACAAAAACUAUUGAAUUUGAAGCUAAGCAUAGAGAAUGUGUGCGUGUAUUACCAUAUUCGGACGGUGGUCAUUCGAAGGUUUACUUUUAUGUAUCAAGCCAAUUUUAUAGUGGUAACUCUGGUGUACCACAAAAAUUAAGAGCUGCCGCUCAGGAAUGCUUCAGAGGGAUAGAAGUGGAACUGCAAUGGUUUGAUCUGAUCAAUGACGCUACCAAAAUAUUAAAUGUUGCUCCUGUCGAGUGCUCGUCUGGGAAGCCGAAAAGAUUGAAUGAAUCUCAAGUUGAUGACAUCAAUGAAACAAUAAGGAAAAAUCUUCAUGUUCUUGUCAGACAUCGCAACAUCACCGCUGUUCAAGCUUCGUUGAAAAUCACAAAGUCUAAGCAGACGACGCAGCCUUGUAUUACAAUUUAUGUUCUUCGCAAAGGCUUCAUCCCUGACGGAGAGUUUCCUUUGCCACUCAGACUUGGUGCUUACCCUGUUGAUGUUGUGGAUGGAUUUUGGCUCAGAAUGAGCCCACCUAAGAAACCCUGGACCCCCAAUGAGGCUCAGAAGCAGGGCAAUGUCCUUCGCUUAGGAGCAAGCAUUGGCGUAAAAGAAUUCGAAGAAAUAAAUAAAGAAGCAUCUGGAUCUUUGGGUGCCAUUGUGGAAACCCAUGGAAAGUUUUAUGCCCUGUCUUGUAACCAUGUGAUGAAAGGCCCGCCUGGAACAGAGAUAUUUCACCCUGGACUGAGUGACUAUUUCAACUAUCUAUAUUAUCACUUAGAGCAAUAUAGAAUUGCUGUCAGGAACAUCAUCAAAAGCGAAAGUCUUGAUACCCUAGAAACCACGUUAAAAUUCAACGUCCUUGAAACAGAGUCACAAUUGUCAGAGAAAUUUCAAAAAUUGAAAUCAAUUAAAGAAGAACAUUUUGACCCAAACAGAAAGACCGAAACUAAAACGGAUAGAGAGGCCCUUGAAAAAACUUUGGAGGACGGUUUUUCGAGGAAACCCAGAGUAAUUGGAAGGAAAGUUGCUGGUGUCUCCAAAAAUGUGGAUUGGAUCGAUGGCAAACAGUAUUUUAUCGAUGCUGCUAUUGCUGAGUUGACUGAAGAUGAAGUAAGAGAGUUGAAGAAAUAUCAGAGCCCACCAGUGAUUGGAACAAGAUAUAUAUCGAGCGGUGAAUGUAGUCAAGGUUUUAAAGCCCAAGGAGAGCUAUGUAAGAGUGGGCGAACCACUGGUUUCACGUGCGACGGCCGCCACGAAAAUCCCUCAGAAGUAUUUUUUAAAUCUCCCAUGUAUGAGGUUAGUGCUCAAGAUAACCAAUUGGUCAACGCGUUGAAAAAAGUUGCACUCUGUGGUAAUUGUGUGAGAAGGUCACGUGUUGAAGGACGCCUGCAGCCGUCUGAUAAUUGUGAUUCCUGUAGCGUAGACACCCAAGUUCUUAUUGAUUCGCUCUGGAUGAAGAACUGCUUAAUGAUCGAUCGUAUAGGCGAGUCAAAGAGAGAGACAUAUUUUACAGCGUCAGGAGAUUCGGGAUCACUGCUUUUUGAGAUUGAUAAAAAUGACAAACUUCUAGGUUUUGGCAUUAUAUUUGGCCUGCUUGAGAAUAAUCUUUUCCGUGUUGCCACAGCCUCACCGUUGCACGUUGCUCUUGAAACAUUGUCC